CGGCCCCGCUCCCGGCAUGCACCGCGGCGCCAGCGAUCUAUAUAUAGCGGUAAAAAAUAGCCGGGCAGGAGCGCAGGCAGCGGCCCCCAGCCUGAAGUGCUCCUGUGCCUGGACCACAGCAGCAUGUCGACAGAAAAACUCAAGCACCACAAAAUCAUCUUUGUGGUGGGUGGCCCCGGCUCGGGGAAAGGGACCCAGUGUGAGAAGAUUGUGCAGAAGUAUGGCUACACCCACCUUUCCACGGGGGACCUGCUGCGGGCGGAGGUCAGCUCGGGCUCCGAGCGGGGCAAGAAGCUGAAGGCCAUCAUGGAGAAGGGCGAGCUGGUGCCCCUGGACACGGUGCUGGACAUGCUGCGGGACGCCAUGGUGGCCAAAGCCGAUGUGUCCAAGGGCUUCCUCAUCGACGGCUACCCCCGUGAGGUGAAGCAGGGAGAGGAGUUUGAGAAGAAGAUCGCCCCCCCCACGCUGCUGCUCUAUGUGGACGCGGGGAAGGAGACGAUGGUGAAACGCCUGCUGAAGCGAGGGGAGACCAGCGGGCGGGUGGAUGACAACGAGGAGACCAUCAAGAAGCGUUUGGAGACUUACUAUAAGGCCACCGAGCCUGUCAUUGCCUUUUACAAGAGCAGAGGCAUCGUCCGCCAGCUCAACGCCGAGGGCUCUGUGGACGAGGUUUUCCAGCAGGUCUGCUCCCACCUCGACAGCCUGUAGCCGAACCCCCGGCCCCGCUCCCCCGGCGCGCUCCGGCAGAGACAGCGGAAGCGGCUUUAUCCUGUUUUUGUGGACGGAGCCGCGCGGAGGAAAUUUCAAGGACAUUGUGUUUGGCUCUUUCCCGUUUCUCCUCAGUAAAGUUCACUUUAAUGA